AUGGCGCAAGCCAGCAACAUGGACACGACGGUUGCUUUGCCGCGCCUCGAAGACCUACUCCGCCACCCAGAAGAUCUAGACAAGAUCAGUGGUCUGAAGGCCGAAUACCUACGAAAGAAGGCCGCUGUUGAUUCGCAGCUCCGCGAAGGCCUCCGAGACCAGCUCGAGGCGGUACAACGCAGCAUCGGCGCUCUAACGGAGGGUCAGCGCCAAGUGUCCAAAACGAAAGAUGAGCUUUCGGGAAUUGAUAAAUUGUGCGCCGAGUCGCAGGAUAGCGUGGAGGACUUCGCGCAGAUCGAUCGGCUUGCGCGGAUCCAACGGCACUUCGAUGCUACACUCAUGAUGAAGCGCGGACUGGAGAAUUUUGGCGCAGAUAUCCAGGAGGUGGAAGACUUGCUCAGGGACGACGAUGACGAUAUGGAGAACCAGCCCAAUAUUCUUCGUGCUCAUAUGCAGAUCUCGCGAUUGCGAGAUUUCCGCGAUGAGGCCAUGGAUCAGAUUGGUAAGGCCCAGGAUCAAAGCAGUGAAGAGACGCUGGAAGAAUACUUUGAAGGCUUGGAUUCUGUUAUUGAGUGGUUUGAUGAUCACCUUGGCACGGCUUGUAUGAAUCUCAUUCCUUUGGUGCAGGCGGAUAACAGGAGCAUGGUCGUCCGACUUGCGGUGAUUGUAAUGAACGAGGAGAAGAACGAUGAUACCGUCAGAGCUCUACAGGAGGCCCAAAAGGACCACAAGGAUCUGGCGAGUCGGUUCAAGUCUAUGAAUAUUGGCCCGAAGACUGUUCGCGGUUACAAGGACAAGUUCAUCCAAGCUAUUGAGCUAUACGCCCAGGGCCAGUUUGAAGAGACACUCGAGGGAUUCCUCGGGGAUCCCGACAACCUAGAGAAGAAGUUCCGCUGGUACUUCAACGAUCUGUUCACGGUCAAGCAGGGCAUGGAAAGUCUGGUCCCGAAGAAAUGGAAGAUCUUCAAAACAUACACCGACAUCUACCACCGCAUGAUGCAUGAUUUCCUACUCAGCAUGAUUGACGACCCCGAACUCCCAGCCAGCAAUCUCCUCACUAUCAUCCACUGGAGCGACAAGUACUACAAAAAGAUGAAGAAGCUAGGAUGUGCACCGACAGACCUCCAGCCUAAUAUCCUGGACGAUCGAGAGCCAGAGCUCGUCCACAAGUGGCAGAGCGUUAUCAUCAACGCCGUCGAAGAAUGGAUGGACAGAAUAUUCAACGCGGACAAAAAGUCUCUUGUCGAGCGUGCCGCAGAUGCUUUGGACAACAAUGCAGAAGGCCACUUCCGCACAAAAACAUUGGCCGAUAUGUGGCGCAUGUUGCACGAACAAGUCAUGGCAUCGGGAAGCUCUGAUCGAGCGGAUCUAGUGGAAGGUGUCAUCGACGCCAUGUUCCGUGCUCUUAAGAACAGACAAAGUGCCUGGCAAGCAUUGGUUGAUGAAGAAUGCACAAAACACCAGAACGGAAGCGCAGAUCAGGAAGGUGUUCAACUCUUGCAAGACUGGCUGAUCGGCGUUGCAAACGACCAGAUUUCAUGCAUCGACGACAACGAGGAGACGGGAGUAUUUGGCUAUCUCUCACGGUUCAAGAAUGACAUUGAGCCUCUCGUCACACCCAAGUACAUGGGUACAACAGCCAGCAUUGAACUAGACGCCUUGCGCGAUGGAUACGUCGAUCUAAGCACGCACUGCCUGGCGCAGUUCGUUAAUCUUGUCUUCACAGUCGAUCUUGAUACAGUGCUGCCGGACAUCUUCACCUCAAAAUGGUACGGUGAAUAUGCCAUGAAACGCAUAACCUCCACCUUUGAGGAUUACAUGGCCGAUUACACACCAGUGCUUCACCCGUCCCUCGCAGAAAUCUUGGUCGAGGAACUCUCUGACGAGCUUUUGGUACGAUACCUCUCAUCAGUACGGAAUAAGGGUGUCAAAUUCCGCCGCAAUGUCGAUCCCUUCACCGAGAAAUUCAAAGACGACGUCCUCACAGUCUUUGCCUUCUUCGAAAACUAUCCCGAUUCCUUCGAAGGCACAAUCAAACAAAAGUGGAGGCUUGUUGAAUGGCUCGUCCAGCUUCUUGAUACGGACAAGGGUCCUGCCCUCGUGCUUGUCUAUGAAGGCUUCAAACUUGAGUACUGGGAUCUGCAACUCUCGUGGGUUGAGGCUGUGCUGCGCACUCGUGACGAUUUCGAGCGGAGCAUGAUUACUUCUAUUAAGGCCAAGGCUGCCGAUCUAUCCAUUGAACGUGGCAUGGAGACUAUUAUGAGUCGGGUUCGAUGA